AUUGAUAUCCUGAAUCGCUGCAUUCCUGAAGAUCUGCUGAGUUUUGGUAAAGAUUUAUUCAAUAAGGUGCUUGAGAUAGACUUUGUUCGCGGCUUUCUACAUGAUCUUAUUGACACCUCACCUUAUCUGCCGCAAGUGUGUUUUCUAGCUUUAGCUUUGUCGCUGUUCUCUGUUGUACUUCUGCGGUUUUUCGCGGCUGCAAUCAUCUACUUUGUGUACUUGGCGGUCGUGGUGAUCGUUGUCGGAUUUUCUGGAGGUAUAUGGUACGCGUUUUGGCGAGUCUACAGAAGUUCUGUCGAAUCUACAAAUUCCACUGAACCAAUGGAGCUUGAGACAACGACUGCACUGCUUCCCUCAAGCCCACAGCGCUUGACCAAAGCCGUGUUGUUUGAGGGCGUUCGUUUGGAUGCCUUAUUCAACUUUGAGGACACUAGUAUGCUGACUCUCCUUGGGGUCGGGCUUGGUUCGACAGUUAUUUCGAUUCUCAUCGUUUCGAUUCUUUGCUGUGUGCUACCGCGCGGUAAAAAGCUCGUUCGAUUAUUUAAAGGAGCUUCAUUGGCACUAUCUGCGAUGCCUUCUCUGUUGUUACAGCCGCUCCUCAAUGCUGUUCUCAUACUCAUGGUUGCCGUUUAUACAUUGAGUGUAGUGCUCGUGCUAUUCACUGCAGGUGACAUGGUAAGCAGGAAGGUUACAAAUGGAAAUACCAAAGAUGAUAGCAUACUAGUAAUAGAGACGAAUAUGACGCGAACAACAAAGCUCAUGAUGUUCUACCAGUUCAUCGGUUUCGUUUGGGUAACAGAAUUUUUUAUGGCAUGUCAAAGACUGUUCAUAGCUGGAGCCGUGAGCAUGUACUAUUUUGACGUG